AUGAUAUGCAAUGAAAAUGAGUCGUCAAGCCCAGACUCGAUGAAACAUAAAAAGUCGGAACUUCGGCUUUACUGCGACCUCCUGAUGCAACAGGCGCACAUGGUUAAAGAGGCAGCUUGCAAACAAAAACCUCCAGACGUUGAGAAAUUAGAAGAAGCCACAACUUUGUUAAGUGCAACUUGCGAUUCCUUUAUUGAAACUCUUGAAGCCUGUUCGAAACUGGCCCAUGAACAAUUCCAGGUGGACAUGCCCUCCACCCAUACUAGUGAUGCUGUGAUACGACCUACAAAAAACCACAAACUGCAGCCCUCAAACUCCACUUAA